CUGUUGUCGUUUUCCAUUGCUUUUACAGCUCAGAUUUUGUUUGGUUCAGGUCACUCUUUUUGUUCAUUUGCUGCAAUGCUUGGCGCACUUCGGCUGGUCUCUGUCUGCGGGAGCCGAGCGACGACUGCAAGGGCAACCGCACGCGCCAUCGCUGCCUCAGCAUUGCCGGCGACAGCGACGCCAAGGAGAUUCGCGAGCACAUCCCCAGCGCGCAGCGACGAGGCUGAGCACGCGACGCUCAAUGGAUUCAACUUUACGGUGCCCAAGCCACGGCAGCGCGCGACGACCGCCGAGGACGAGGCCGCGAUGGAGCAGCGCCGCGUCGUGUCGCUGCAGCACCUGGUCGACGCUCUCAAGAACAUGGCCUCGCCCGAACUCGCCACGGGGUCGCGCGUCAAACUGCGCGGCGUUACCAACGACGGCAUCUCAAAGCGAUCCGACCUCGAGGCAUCGGACGUCAACACAUUGCCCAUCGUCACACACGGAAGCGCAGCUGCGUCGGCUAGCAAGGCAAAGGCCGCCCGCGCCGCAGUCCCGCUCGCAGACACGCCCGAGGAGAUUGCUGCUGAAGCUGCUUCUGCCGCUGCCGCUGCCGUCGCCAUCAACACGGCUGCAAGCAACUCGGUCAUUGUCGACUUUAGCAGACUCAAUCUGCCGCGUCUGACCUUUGAGAGUGCAUGGGACUCGCUGCCCAAGCUGUUCACUCAACAAGGUCUACCCCAAGAACUCAACCCCUGGCUCGACGGUGUCUUGAGCUUGAAGCACAGCGAGUUUGAUAGCGACGAUGUCUCCAAGAUGAUCAUUCUGCAGUUGGAACGCAUGCGUUUGCUUGCUCCUUCUCCCCCGUCACACCUUGGCAACACGUUUGUCAAUCUUAAACAAGCCGCAUUGAUGCUCCGCCCGCAAGUGUUUGAGCUCUACCGUUUGUUCUCCAAUCCAUGGCUCCAGCCCUCCGUUCGUGUAUUGUUUGAUGGUGCGCAGGGCACUGGUAAAUCCGUCGCUCUUCUUAGUUUGGCAUAUCUGAGCUCGCUGGAACAGCAAACGCUGGUCAUGUACAUUCCCGAUGUCCACGAAUGGAUGAUUCGACCACUCGUGCUGAUGCCAUCCCUAAGCCAACCCGGCCAAUUCAAUCACGUCUACGAGGCCCAGCGCAUCCUGGUCAACUUUGAAGCGUUGUACUCGGAGCAGCUCGAUACUAUCCCGCUGAGCAAACGUCGCGUGAUUGGCAAUCUGCCACCCUUCACUGUGGACAUGACGCUGAACGACCUGGUGUCGUUUGGCGCUUCUGUUCCUGAAAUUUCCGUCGAGAUUCUGACUGCUGUUCUUGAGGAAUUGCGCGAAGCUCAGGGCUACAAGGUGGUGAUUGCCGUCGACGGCAUCAAUGCCCUCUUCUCAAAGAGUACUGCCGCCGACUCCAAGGGCAAGCACAUUGCCAACGACAACCUUGCUCUCGUUCAACUUUUCCGCUCAUUGCUCGAGGCCAAACCGGAACGUUCAAACACCCUCUUUGCUGCGGCCCUCACAGCUUCGCACUUGCCCUCGCCCUCGGAGCCAAUUUUCCAGCAAGUGAUGCGACUCGCAGAACCUGUUUUGUCCGAGCCUGAAGACUUUUUGGCCCCGCAGCUGGAGAUGCCAACGCUGCCCAUCUCGGUUUUGCGCGAGGCACCCUUCCACAACCUACCGCAGGCCGCACGCAUUGUCGAUGGCCGAUCACUGCUCAAGAUUACGCUCCCCAACUUUACGGACGUCGAAAUGGUUAACAUGCUCAAGUAUUAUCAGCUCCGCGGAUGGCUGAACAAGCACAUUGAGCCUGUCAGUGUUCGUACGAUGCGCACAAUGACUGAAGGCAACCCACGUCGACUGUGGGAUGCAAUUUCACACAUGUAACAUUGAUUUGUAGUGCGGCUUGACUAUUUUUUUUUUCCUUCUUUGUUUUGGAUGAAACACGUUGUGGUGCACUACGAGCAAUAUCGUGAAAAGUCUGCAGCGACGGCUAUGCAUACACAAACUCUCUAUUGCAAUCACACUGCCAGCACAAGACAACACAAGAAAGUUUAAACAAAAAACGUUACAAUACAAGCUCAAAAUGUAAAUUAACAAUUGCAUUUCAC